CCCCGCCCCCGAGCAGAGGGCGCAGCCCCCAGCCGGGCAGGCCCCACCCGGCGGUUGAAGUGUGAGGCGUUACGCUGCUCCCUCCCACGCAGUGCACUCAGUGAAGGCCAGAAACUCGCUCGCCAUGUCCGCUGAGGAGGCGGGGGAUGUUUUCCAUAGAGCCCGUGGCAGAACUCUGGACGCGUUUUCCUCAGAAAAGGAAAGGGAAUGGAAGGGCCCAUUCUACUUCAUCCAAGGUGCAGAUCCACAGUUUGGACUGAUGAAGGCCUGGUCCACCGGGGACUGUGACAAUGGUGGUGAUGAGUGGGGACAGGAGAUCCGCCUUACUGAGCAAGCCGUGCAGGCCAUCAACAAACUGAACCCCAAGCCCAAAUUCUUUGUUCUGUGUGGGGACCUCAUCCAUGCCAUGCCAGGAACACCCUGGCGGAAGGAGCAGACGGAGGACCUGCAGCGCGUGCUCAAGGCGGUGGACGGCGAGAUCCCGCUGGUCUUCGUCAGUGGCAACCAUGACGUGGGCAACAUCCCCACCCCCGAGACCAUCGCGGAGUUCCAGCAGACGUGGGGGGACGACUAUUUCAGCUUCUGGGUGGGGGGCGUCCUGUUCCUCGUGCUCAACUCCCAGUUCCUGUUCGACGCCUCCAGGUGCCCCGCCUUGAAGCAGGCCCAGGACCAGUGGCUGGACCAGCAGCUGAGCGUCGCCCGCCGGCGCGCGUGCCGGCACGCCAUCGUCUUCCAGCACAUCCCGCUCUUCCUGCAGAGCAUCGACGAGGAGGACGACUACUUCAACCUCACCACGUCCGUGCGGAAGGAGAUGGCAGACAAGUUCGCCACAGCAGGGGUCAAAGCCGUGUUCUCAGGCCACUACCAUAGGAAUGCUGGGGGCACUUACCAGAACCUCGACAUGGUGGUAUCAUCAGCCAUCGGAUGCCAACUGGGCAGAGAUAGCCACGGGCUCCGCGUCGUGGUGGUCACUGCCGAGGACAUCGUCCACCGAUACUACAGUUUAGAUGAGCUGAGUGAGAAGGGAAUAGAUGACGAUCUGCUGGAUUUGAUGAAGGAGAAGUGAUUGCCGAUUAUGACUUGCUCACGUUUCCCUUCUGCUGUUCAUUUCAGAUACAGCAGCUGCACACAACCCCUUAUUGAAAUAAAGUCUACCAGGAAAAUUUGUGAA